AUGAAAGGGAGCAGCGCUCUUCUGCUGGUGGCUCUAACCCUGCUCUCCAUCUGUGGGCUGACUAGAGCAGAGGAUAACAAUGAGUUUUUCAUGGAAUUCCUGCAAACGCUCCUGGUGGGAACCCCGGAAGAACUCUAUGCACCGGAAGGGCCCCUGGGCAAAUACAACGUCAAUGACAUGGCCAAGUCAGCACUGACAGAGCUCAAGUCUUGCAUCGAUGGAUUGCAGCCUGUGCAUAAGGAGCAACUAGUCAAGCUACUGGUGCAAGUGCUAGAUGCUCAAGAGGACACAUAA